AUGCGCUCGCACACGCCCAACGACAAGAAUGGGCGUGGAGGCCGCACAACUCCCAUGUCAAAUAACAGAUUCAGGGCCAGUACUUCUAAUGUCGGUCCGCAACCGUCGCUGCGAAACUCCAGGAUGUCCUUUCGCGCAAGUACACAACCAUCCUACAAUCUCCUCACAGGCGAAUCGAACCUCCCUCGUCCCGCCUCGCGAACAAGUAUGGCCCCAGAAUCCGUCCGCCCCAGUUCGCGCGAAAGUCAUAAGGAGAACAUGCCGCCUCCUGAAGCGGACGAGUCUGAGAAGGAAAAGCGUCAGAUGGAGGCGUUGAAAGCAGAGAUAGGAACCCUGCAAUAUCGCCUGCAGACGACCGAACAAGAGAAGGAGAUCGCCCUGUCGACAAGCAACAGCAAGGUUGAGCAAUCCCGCAGAGAGACACAAGAUGAAGUCCAGAAGCGCCAAGCUGCCGAAGCCGAACGCGAGAAAGCGGUCGAACAAACCGAAGCCCUACGAAGAGAAUUGGAACAAAUCAAGGAGUCGAUUGAGGAUGAUAAGAAGAAACUGGAGCGCAAGGCUCGUGACGCAGAGGAUGAGGUCCGCUUGCUUCAGGAUCAGCUUGAGGAUCUGUCCGCUGCCAAGGACGAAGCCGCACGAAUCGCCGACCGCAAGGCUACCGAUAUGGAGAUGCAGAUUGCAGCUGCGCAAAAGACAGUCAAGGAACUCGAACAGGAUAGCGAGCAGCGGGACAAUGCACUGCAACAGGCACAGUCCCAAUUGGCCGAGAGGGAUGGACAAAUCGCAAAUCUAGAGGCGGAUGUUUUACGACUCAAGGCACAAAGUGGUGAUGCAGAGACGAUGGAGAUUAUCAGACAGGAACUUACAGAACAAGUCCAACAUAUCCGCAACCUCGAAUCUACAAACCGCGAUCAACUAUCCGAGCUUAAACAUCUACGAUCAUUGAGCAAAGCAGUCGAAGUCGUCGAAGAAGAGAAGCGAACUCUACAGCGAAGACUGGAGUCUGCAGAGGUGAUUGAGGCAGAGCUUACCGAAGCACGCAUCCAGCGACAGCGACUCGAAGACGAGCGAUUGGCCUGGUCUGCGUACCUUAAGAAUGCCGCCGAGACUGACGAAUCCCAAUUCGACUCACCAGAAGCUGUUGCAAGGGCCUUAGUGGAGGAACGUCUUACCAACGCGUCUUUCGUCGAGAAAGUAGGCCAACUACAAGCGGAGAUGACUUCUGCGCAGAACACGAUCCAGUCUUUGAAUGACGAAAAGGCCCAAUUGAAGAGCGAAGUCGAGAAGUCCAAGAGUGCAGCCAGCGCAACCAAUACCGACAAAGCUCGCAUGCGUCUGGACCGACAGCGUAUUAUGGCUGUCAAGGAGGUGGAAUACCUUCGCGCCCAACUCAAGACCUUCGACACCGAGGACGAGACGCUUCAACCCGAGCAAUUCGACCAAGCGCGGGUCCAACGAGUCCAAGAGCUUGAAGACCUUGUCGACCAGUACAAGAAGGAGGUCCAAACGCUACACGCCGAGCUAUCAUCUCUCGAGCCUUCGACAGGCGCCCCUCAACCGGUUACAGGCACCAAGCGAUCGAGAGUUGAGGAUGACAGCACCCAAGAACAGCUUGGGCAGCUCACUAGAAAGAAGCGCAAGCUGGAAGAGGAGUUGACAAAGUCUCAGAACAAGAUUUCUCUGUUAGAGAAAGACUUGUCUACCAGCCGUGAGCAACUAAAGGCUGCUAAACAGUCAACGCAAACACGCGUCUUGUCGCUCAAGUCCAACCCGACAUCAGACUUUGAGGCAAUCAAGCGAUCAACUCUCAAAGCUCUCAAGAAGGAGAAUGAGGAACUCCUAGCGACACUCCGCGGCAAAUCAUCCUCACCCAUGAUUCCCACCUCUGUCCUCGCGGCUAUGGAGCGCGAAAUCACAGCAGCCAAGGCAGAAACAGCAUCAGCCGAGAAGCGCACCCGUCGUCUGAAGGAAGUCUGGGGCUCCAAGUCUCAAGAGUUUAAAGAAGCCAUCUUUUCCACGCUCGGCUGGACCGUGACGUUUAUCCCCAACGGCAAGAUGCGGGUCGAAAGCACGUUUUACCCGUCGCAAACAGACGAGCACGAGAACUCUAUCGUGUUUGACGGCGAGCGCGGCACGAUGAAGGUUGGCGGCGGUCCAAGAAGUGAUUUCGCGAGGAGGAUUAGCGAUCAGAUUGGGUUCUGGGUCAGGGAGAAGGGGUGCAUUCCUGGGUUCCUCGCUGCGUUGACGCUGGAGUUUUACGAGGAGCAUAGUAGAGCGGCCAAGUAA